UCGUCGAGAUGAUCGCUUUGCUAAUCGUAUUUCUGCAAGCAUUCAGCAUCCUAAAUGGUGAGGUACUGCGUUCUGGCAUCGUAAAAGGGACCAAGGCUGUGGCGCGCCAGUUUCCGUACCAAAUUUCGCUCAGGCAUAAUGGCGCGCACACUUGCGGCGGAGCGAUUGUAAAUCUGAAUACUGCCUUAACGGCAGCUCACUGUGUUGCGGACCGUAAUCCAACCCGUUAUGCGAUCGUGGCAGGAAUCACACAUUUAGCAGAGAGGGGGAUCGUGCACCAAGUGGCGAGAAUUAUACUGUCGGACGAGAUUAAGGACCAUGCCAUAUUCGAUUUAGCAAUUCUGAAAGUAGCAAAACCGUUUGUAUUCAAUAAGUUAGUGGCCCCUAUACCGCUGGACAUGAACGGAACCGGAGAGGGUGUGACCUGCAUUGCCAGCGGUUGGGGUAUCACUCGUCAAAAUGGAUCGGUGAGUCAAGAUUUGCUGUUCACCGAUGUGAAUACCAUUACCAAUGAGGAAUGUGUCAAGCUGCAACCGUACCCAAGUCGGCGCAUAUACAAGUCUCAUUUAUGUACCAGCACUGCAGAAGGAAAGGGAGUUUGUCAGGGUGACUCUGGAGGCCCUCUUGCUUGUGGCGGUGUACUUUGCGGGCUUACUUCAUGGGGAUGGCCCUGCGCCCGCGGUCCUCCUGAUUGUUUUUUUAGGAUAUCGUUGUUCAUUGAAUACAUAAAGUUUUACAUGGACCAGUGAUCGAUAAUCGACCAAACACAUUGUUUCAAAUGAUAUUGUCGUAUUGUAUAAAUUAAAACUGCAAUGGUACGCUCUUUUUGAAAA